AUGGCCACUACACCACUGCAAGUCGCUAUUAUCGGUGCCGGCAUCGCCGGUCUGACUGCCGCUCUCUCCCUCCGACAAGCACUACCGGAUAAACCUAUACAUAUCACAAUCUACGAAAAGGCUGUCGAGCUACGAGAAAUAGGCGCAAGUAUCGGCCUCAACCCUAGCGGCCUUCGUGUCCUGGACAAGCUCGGUGUGAACGCAGCGCUUGAUGGGUCUAUAUCGUACCGGCAACGAGGCGAAUGGCCCAUGAUCUAUCGACACUGGCUGACUAACGAAGAGCUUGGACAUGAUGAAUACAGAGACAAGGUUGAAGAGAGGCAUCGAAUGGGCCGAUUUCACAGGGCACACCUGCAGGCAGCCCUGGUGCAGGCCGUGCGAGAGAUUGGUGCUGUCGAGAUUCAUCUAGGGGCGAGGAUCGCAGGCGUCGAGGUCGACAGGGAAGGUGCUCCUGCGAUAAUCAGCUUCGAAAAUGGGGACCGAAUUAAGGCCGACCUUAUCCUGGGCGCAGAUGGCAUACACUCAAAAGUGAGACAAGCAUUUGCAGCUCACCACGAGUUGAAGUGGACUGGUCAAGUUGCUUUCCGCUCAGCAUUUGACGUCUCUCUGGUUGAAAAUAUCGAUGAGCUGCCGGAUGAUGCCAUAUUCUGGGUCGGGCAUGAACGCACGAUUUUUGCUUCGAGAUUAGGCAAGAACCAAUACACUGUAGUUGGAAGCUAUAUUGCAGACCCAGACGACCCAACCAGCCCAUUCUAUAACGCCAGAUGGAGUGGGCCAGGUGAUGUCGAGUUCCUGAGGAGCCUGUACAAGGGCUGGCAUCCUGUAGUUGAAUCAAUAGUCAACGCCGUGCCUUACACGAAGACAUACCCCAAUCACUCCGGCACAGUCCUGCCCUCUCUAGUUUUCGACGGCAGAAUUGCCUUGCUAGGAGACGCGGCCCACACCCACGGAGGAGCUUUUGCUGCUGGAGGAUCACUGGCCAUCAACGACGCAUAUGCCUUGGCACUAUCACUUGCGCACGUGUGGCCAAAGGAAGGUACGCCCACCCGUGCGCAGCUUCGGAGGGCUCUGACAUUCUACGAUGAGACUCGAAGGCCGCUGGUGACUCGUGUUUUGGACCUGGUCCAUGGGGCCGCACAGAAAAAGAGAUGGACUGGGGCCAAUGCGAAGAACGGCGAGGAGGAGACGGAUCAGGAACUCAGGGGCCGUAUUGCCAACAGGCCAGAUAUGACCUGGUUGACAGAACAUGAUGUAGAAGCGGAGUUUCGAGAAUUAAUCUCACAUGAGAGGAAUGGUACAGUAACUGCAGCACCAGGCCCAUUCAACAAAAAGCACGCUGAUGAAUAA